AUGGAAGAAGAAGUAACCCAGCCGGAUUGUAGUGCACAAACAAGAAAAUUGCUUAAAGAUAUCAAGUCUGGGAUCUUAGAAGCCAAAGAAUCGACGAAUAAGAUUAUUAACAAAGAGUAUAAUAUUAACGCUUCUAAUGGCAUAAGUUUAUUAGAUAUAAAAUGCCAUACAUUAUUGAGCUAUAUAAAUAAUUUGACUCAUAUUAUACUAAAAAAAUGCAAGUUUCAAUCCAUUAAAAACGACCCAUCGAUUGAACGUCUUGUUGAGCAACGAACUGUUCUAGAACGGAUAAGGCCUCUUGAAUUUAAAAUGAAAUACCAAAUUGAUAAGCUUGUUAAGACAGCAUUAUCUGGUUCCGUUGAUCCUAAUGAUCCAGAUAGAUUUCGUGCAACUAUUGAUGGACUAGCAGAUGCAGAAGAUCAUGAAGAAAAUGUAGAAUCUGAUAAUGAUGAAGAUGGUCAUAAAAAUUCUAAAAAAGUUAAGGAUGGUGUUUAUGUAGCACCUAAGGUUACAGCUGUACCUUAUGAUGGUGAUGAGUCACGAGCAGUUAAAAAACAAAAACUGUUAGAAAGAGCAAAAAAGAGAGCACUACAAAGUUCAGUUAUGCAAGAGUUACGAGAGGAAUAUGCAGAUACACCAGUUGAAGUACAAAUUAAUACAGUUGGGUUAAAAAAUAAACAGUCCAAGUAUGAUUAUGAAAGGCAGAAGUAUGAAGAAGACUAUUUUACAAGGUUGCCAGUUACCAAAAAGGACAAGCAUAGGGCUAAGCAAUUAUCAUCAGUUACUCUUGGGAAAUUAGGGAAAGAAGUGACACAUUUUGAAGACAUUUCAGCUCUUGGAGGAAAUUAUAGUGAAAAAAGCGGGAAUAAAAGAAAGAAGAAGUUCAAAGGAAAAAAUUUGAAAAAGAAAAGGAAAUUUUAA